CAGCCGUUGGCAACAGUGAACUGCAAUUUUCUCAAUGAGUGGGCAUCCGACCUGAGAUUUCCGUUCCGCGCCAGCUUGUGUUAUUUCCUUUGCUUUCACCGCAAGCUGUAAAGAUGAGCGCCGAUUUCUUGUGGAGCCUCAAGAACGGCGACCUCGAUCAAGUCAAGGAUUGCGUCGAGCAAAAGGGUUUGGACGUGAACGCCUCCAUUGACGGAAGACCUCCACUACAUUACGCUGCUGACUAUGGCCAGGCCGAUGUCCUCAAAUACUUGAUAGACAAAGGUGCUGAUGUAAAUGCUAAGGACAAGUAUGGAAUCUCAGCUUUACUAGCAGCUAUCUGGGAAGGCCACACUGCCUGUGUCAAGCUCAUGGUUGAGAAGGGUGCCUCGAAGGACGGCAGGACGCCCGAGGGCCAGACUUACCUGGAAGCUGCGGAGAAACAGGAGAUAAGGGAUCUGCUUCACUGAUGGCACUUUUUGAGAACUUUCGUGAGAUGGGAGGGCAGUGACCCCAGGCUUUCACUCCAACCCUCUUGCAUUGUGUCAGUGUUCACGUGGCCAGUGCACAUUACCCCGAGUGUGAGGGAAAGGUCAAAUAUUUAUAUUGACGUUCUAUAGCUUAUGUUUUGUUAUUCUAUAGUUACUAUGUUUCCAUUUAGCUUUCUUUUUUUUUUGUACUGGUCAUGCUUUUCCUUUCCUUUUUUUAUUUUGAGGUUAAAGCCAUACCUUCGCACUUUCCUUUUUUUUUUUGCUUCUCAAUUAAACGUUGUGAAGCUUCAACCCGUCCCACUUAUCUUAUUUCAAAGUUGGUGAAAAUCGUUUUGAAACUUUCAUCCUUCUAAUAGGAUUCGAGCUGAAGCACCUUAGCUUUUUGGGGAGAGUAAAGUGCCUUAUAAGGACGGAACAAUGGUCCCAGGGUUCUACCACAAGAACUUUUGAAAAGGAUGAAACGAGAACGCUGCACUGUUGUCACGUGACAUGCGACACACGUUGAGUGGCUCAGUUGCAAUGUUUUAGUUUCUCCUGCCAUUUUUUUCCUUCCUCUUGCAUUCAUAGUCAUGCUCUCUUUCUCUGUUAGAUCUAAUCCUGCCAUUCGAAGUGCUUCACCACAUUUUAUUUAAGUAACUCUUUCGCCCAGAUUAUACAAAGAAGCAUCUUUCUGUACCUAACAUUUGAAGUAUGACAAAGGAUAUGUGAUAUCUUGACAUUACCGUUAGCCCUAAGGAUACAGUCAUGUUUAGCUAAUUCAGCCAAUUGAAGCCUUCCUUGUUGCUCUGUCAUAGCUGCCACUGCUUGUCUGCUGUCUCCGCAAGGGCAAUGCGUUCUCAAGUUUUACAUGCUGCCAGCUACUGCACCGAAUUUUUCUGGCAAUAACGACUAAGUGUAUGCAAUUAACAAUUCUGACUAGAACCGGGAGGCAGCAUCUGUGACUCUUUUUUACUUAUUGAGACACAUUCUGGCAUCCUUUGCUGGUUUUACACUUUGUUCUAUACUGCGUGUUGUGAAUGCACCUUUAUCAUCACUAAGGUCAUGCUACGUCAGAUUGAAACAAGCAAUCCAUGCAAAAAUUUUGUAAUAGCUGUUAAAUGUCGAUAUGCCAGAAGUAUCAUCCUUUUAAGCAAGAAUCAUUCAGAGUAGUGUUUAAAUUCGGUGCAGUGGUCUUAGAAGUCAGAAUGCCCAAAUGUGUGUGUGUGUGUAUAUAUAGGAAGGAAAAUGUACGCCUUUAGUUUUCUCUUCGGACCUCCGGAAUGUCAUUCUAGUGUACUAGGAUGUCAGGAUGUGUACAUGAUGUUAGGUACACACUUAGGUGCAAGAUAUGUGCUCGUUCCCAAAGAGAGAAGCUUUAUAAAAGGUUUUGUAUGCUUCUCACAUUUCUUGAAAGUUUAAGCAUCUGUCCAUUUAUAAAUGGUGCCCUUCUGCUAUUGUAUACUUAAGCAGCCACUCAGUUUAGGGUAGUCACUCCUUGCUGUAUUUCUUAGAUCUGUGGAAAAGACUGUGGUUACCCCUUACUGAUGUUGUUGUGUUGCAGUAUCGAUGUUCUUUCUUUGCUGUCAUUAUGUGGAAUAAAUGUGCAAACUUCAAAGAACAA